ACUUCCGCUUUGUAAACUGUGAGACAAGACAACAGGAGUGCAAGAGAAAGGUGCUAUACCACAAUGUACGGACAACGGACAGCCUUGAUUCUUCUUGGUACAGCCUCUGUGAUUCAAACUACAGAGGUUCCUCACCACAUCUCUCUGACUGUGGUUGAACCCGGUGAUAAUUUGACUCUGACAUAUCAUAAAAAUCAGAAGAUGUCGGUUCAUGUGAAACAAAGUCCGGAGACAGCAUCAGUUCAGCUGGGAGCCUCAAUGACUCUCCAGUGUUCACUUCUCUACACGAACAAAGAGAGCAGAGCCCAGUGUCCAGGUGAACACAGUGUGCACUGGUUCAGAGCUGGAUCAGGAGGAUUUCAUCCAGGCAUCAUUUACACUCACAGCAACAGGAGUGAUGAACAAGAGGAAAGGAGCUGUGUCUACAGUUUGUCCAAAACUAUACAGAACUCCUCUGAUGCUGGGACUUACUACUGUGCUGUGGUCACAUGUGGAGAGAUCCUGUUUGGUGAAGGAACUAAAGUGGAGACAAUUUUUUUAUGGGGCCCAGCUGUCACUGUGCUCACAGUUCUGUUGGCUCUCUGUGAUUGUGAUUGCCGUCCUUAUUUUCUCAAGAGACUGAAGGAUGGCGACACAGAGGCACUGAACUACUCUAUCACUGGAUUUGUCCACAAAAAGAGAGAAAGAAGAGGGACAUAAAAAGAGUCCACAGCAGCAGCGAUUUCUGUUUGAUAAGCAUCAAGAAAAGAAUUUCAGCUUUAUGUCAUGUGUAAUACGUAACGUGUGUGUUAAUGCUGUUAACAUUGCAAGAGAUUUGCGUUGUUUAUCGACACUUAAGGCUGGAAUUAUGUUUCCUUGACGAUACACAUGAAUAUUUCUGCAGGUCAGUGCAGACAAGGGUGUCAUUGGUAACCAUGCCUUGCAGAGACUCGCACACAGCUCUCAGAUCUCGACAGUAUUUAGUGUUUGGACAUGAGUUCAAAAUAAGCUGAUCAGCUGAUGUAAUGCCUUAAGUGGGAUGGGUUUGUAACAAAAAGGAAAAAACAUAGCAACAUUAUAUUCAAAAUAAAUACAGGUACAGGAGAGGCAACAUGUGGGAAUGUUUCUGAAUGAACUUGUUCACCUACGUAGCCUAUACGAGGGCUGUUCAGAGACAGUGUUUCCAGAAAAGCAUAUUCCAGCUUUAAGUGUUUACUAAUGUUGCUUUUUUUUCAAAAAAUAAGUGUUUAUUUUUAUUGACUUAAUGUACCAUUAAAUUUGUGUUUAAAAGCAUUGAUGUGCCUUUGCACUGUCCUCUGUCUUUAUCAGUGUUAUCAUUAGAUAUCUGUGCUUUCUGAUUAGACAAAACUAGAUGUCACAACAAAUCAACAUUGCCGUCAUCUUCAAAACUUUUUCUAAAUUUUCAACGAAGCGGAGUAACACUGUUACGUCUAUCAUUGUAAUUAUCAAUGUCACA